AUGUUGUUAACUUAUCGCAAUAAUGGUGUGCAACGCGGUAUUUACACAUUAUACAGUGUUCGCAACACAAGUACAACACCCGAAAACAAAUUUCAACAACCACCUAACCCAACCAAAAUAUCCUGUGAUAUGGUGGGACCACCGGAUCCAGUUUCUAAUCUAAGAAAAAUUAUAUUUAAAAAGGCAGCCACCGAAACACAACUAGAGAAAAAGUACAGAGAACUUAGAACAGAAGUCCAGGAAUGGAAUCAAACAUUUUGGACACUACAUAAUUCUCGCUUUUUUAAGGAGCGGGAAAAUUACCUUAAAAACAACCUUCCUGAAGGAAAAAGUAACCUCACAGCUGAUGAAAUGAGUGUAUUUUAUAAAGCCUUCUUAGAUAAGAACUGGAAAAUUCAUAUUAAUUAUAAUAUUGAAUGGUAUAAGAAAAAUGUGACAUUACUUGGAUUAGCUAUUAAAGUUAAAUUUAGACAACUUUUUAGAAUUAAAGAUAAAUAG